AUGUCCUCGACCUCGAAUGCGCCGCAGGGGACCUUUCUGCCCGGUACAAAAGUCCAGGUGGGCAGCCACAAGGUCUACAUCGAGAAGUACCUCUCCGAAGGCGGCUUCGCGCACGUCUACGUCGUCCGGAUCCCGCGCGAGAACAACAAACAUGAGCUCGCCGUCCUCAAACGGGUCGCCGUGCCCGAUAAGGAGCACCUGGCCAGCAUGCGGACGGAGGUCGAGACGAUGAAGAAGCUGCGGGGACACAAGCACAUCGUCACGUAUAUCGACAGCCAUGCGAGUCAGCUGAAAGGCGGGGGGUAUGAGGUGUUCCUGCUCAUGGAGUAUUGCAAUGGAGGGGGACUGAUUGAUUUCAUGAACACCCGGCUGCAGCAUCGGUUGACGGAGCCGGAGAUUCUGAAGAUUUUUGGGGACUGUGCGGAGGGCGUUGCGACGAUGCAUUAUUUGAAGCCGCCGCUGCUGCACCGCGAUCUGAAGGUGGAGAAUGUUUUGAUAUCGAAAUCCGUGGGCGGAAGUCCGCUCUAUAAGAUCUGUGAUUUUGGGAGUACGGCGCCCCCGCGACCUGCUGCCACGACGGUGGAAGAGGGGAGGCUCAUUGAGGAUGAUGUUCAGAAGCAUACCACGAUGCAGUAUAGGAGUCCGGAGAUGAUCGAUGUCUGGAGAAAGAAGCCCAUAGACGAGAAGUCGGAUAUCUGGGCGCUGGGUGUCUUGCUGUACAAGCUGUGCUAUUAUACCACCCCCUUUGAGGACGUGGGACAAAUGGCCAUCUUGAACGCCAGCUUCAAGUACCCCAGCUACCCUUCAUUCUCGGAGAGGCUGAAAAGAUUGAUCGGGACUAUGCUCAAGGAAGAUCCAGUUCACCGGCCGAAUAUCUACCAGGUGGUAAAGGAGGUCUGCAGUAUGCGAGGGGCGGAGGUGCCGAUCAAAGACAUCUAUGCGAAUCGAACGCAUUCAGAAGCGCGAAAGAACCAGUCUCUGCCAACGCAAGAGUCUGUGUCAUCCGCGCCGGUUGGACUCCAGAAAACCGCACCCCAGGUGGAAGUACAGGCGAUACCAGACAUCACGCCCAUGCGCAGAGGUCGGCCAGGAGCGCCGGCAUCUCAAACUGCAGCAAGCAAACCUGCGCCUUCUCCAGCAAGAGGUGAUCCUUUUGCUGCGUUGGACUCCAAGAACUAUGACAUCCGAGCUGGCGCGGUGGAUGAACUCUCCAAGCGAUUUCCUUCCCUGGAUGAAUUCUCGAUCGCUCAUGAAGGCGGUGGAAAAUUCGCAUUUCCAUCCUCGCAACCUUCCGGGACGCAAGCUGCGAAGCCUGCACCUAAUCAUGAUCUCAGCGAACGUGUGACGAAUGCAUUGGCGGAUGAGUUGUUCGCUUCCAAGUCUCCACCGCCAUCAACGGCACCAAAGCAACAGGAGUUCCCCAAGGCCCCAGCGAGGAAAGCGUCCCCGUCAAAGCCCGCGCCCUCUACAACUGUCAAGGAAGUGCGGCAGCCGGAGGCACGGCAACCGGAGCUGAAGCAGCCUCUGCCUUCGCGAGUUGGAGUUGUGUACAAGUCUACUGCUACUGGCAGUUCUCCGCCUCCAAUGCCGCCCAGGAAACUACCGCAAGUCAACAAUCAGCCAAUCUGGCGAGUACCAGACAACGCUGAACACGAACGAUCAUCGAGCCAACCGCGAGCGUCAGAGUCGGCACAGGCUGAUGCAACGUUACUGCAUCCCAGCCUGCCGCCAGAGAAAAGGCCGGCAUUGCUGGAAGUUCAUCGAUCAAAGUCGCAGACGGCGACACAGGCCGCUGCGCAUGCUUCCAGUUCGCGCCCUUCCCUUGAGGGUGGAAGACCAGCAAUGCGUGACCUCGAUGCUUCUGGUGUGAAUCGCACGAAAUCGCUGAACUCAAGGACAAGGCCAGCAAGCAUGUACGUGUCGUCCAACAUGGACUAUCUGCGCGAUCAGGAGCAGUCUCGCAAGCGCCCAUCUAUGGAAAUCCGGAGACACAGCCGACAUCCAUCGCAAACGAGAGACGCGGCGGCCGCCGAAGAAGAAGCCAUCGAAGAUGACAUGGACUAUCUUCGAAAGACGGAAGGUCAGGAUGUCGAUCGGAAGAAGUCGAUGAAGGAAGCUCUGCGAAUGCACGGCCACCAUCAUCGGAAACGGUCGAGUCUGGAUGCGGUGCGAUCAGGCGCGAAGAACAUGCUCACGGGAAGAUUCGGUGAUGCAUUCAAGAAGUUUGAGCACCACAACUCUCAGGAACAUCCACAGAUCAAGACGGGGUUGAUGACCCCUGAGGCUCGAGACCACGACGAAGAGCCGCAGUUGCUAUCUCCAAUUACAGGGUCUGAGGCUACGCCGAGCCGACACUCGGAUAUGGACGACGAAACUGAGGAUCUGCCUCCAGACGUGAAGCGAGAGAUGGAACGAAGAAGGUUGAGUCAAGAAGAGAAGCGUGUUGCUGAGGCGGCUGCAGAGUAUCGCGCUCGCGUGGCAGCUCAAGGUACUGGAAGUGCGGCAAUUCCAACUCGUGCCAGCACAAUCCAGAAACGCGUUCAAUCGCUACUCGACGAAGGCAGACAAUCCCCGGUCCCUCGCAAGACGGCAGAAGGUUAUGGACGAUACACCGAGUCGAGCGAUAACGAAAGCAGACCCAUGACACAGCCGAAUGUGCCAGUGCCAAGCGGAAAUCGGCCUCCUGUUCUUGCCAGAAAGCCUAUGGUUGAUGCCGGAUCUUCCAACAACCCAUACCCGAAAGUCAGGCAACAGCAGCCGGAGAUGCCACCAGCGAACGUGGUUCCGGUGUCAGCGCCAGUGCCUGCCCCGUCCGUCUCUGAUUCAGCACCGCUUGAGAGGGUGCCAUCUCGACCAGGACCUAGCGCUCCACCGAAGCCCAAGGCGCUCAGGACUGGCGGUCCCGUUCAAUGGCCGCCUCCUGACCAACCGGUAGACACAACAAAACCUCUGCCUGCGAAACCCACCGGUGGUCUGGCCGCCUUGCUCGCCAAGGAUCUCGAGGGAGUGCCCGACUACCCGCCACGAGGCAGCAGCAUGAACCAGAGCGUCCCUGCGGCGGUGGCGACGCACAAUCACGUCUCUGAUGAUGAUCUGGACAGCUUCAGCAAACGCUACCCGAGUCUUAGUGGCAUUGAAAUGGUCGAGACCGAUCUUGAUGGACGACAACGCUAG